AUUUAAAGAUUUCUUCAGCCCCAAAUAAAUGCUUAGCUAGUUGUCUAGCAAGCAAGCUAGCUCUAAGUUAGCCACAGCAAAUAAGGUAGCUAGUUAGCUAAUUCUGGCAUAAAUAAACUCAAACUAACAGCUAGCAAACGUAAUAUGUCGAUACCCUGACGUUAACGUGUUUUGAACUGUUUUAAAUUAGCUGUAGCUACGAUCUUGUGGUGUUGAACGACUGUCAUAAUCUCUCUAGCUAGAAGCACAGUUUGAUUAUGACAGUUUCAAUUUGUUGCAGCCAGUUUGCUAUCUAGUUUGUCUCGUGACAUCCAGCUAAGGUGCAAAAAGUUAUCUGUGCAAAUUUGAAAAGGUGCAGUUUAUUGUAUGCAUUUCUGAAAGACCAAUUUUGUAUAUACUGUGUACAGACGAUUACGUUUUUUUGUGUUUAAGUGUGUGUAAUUUACAGUAUCAAUUUCCAAGGGGAUGUUGCGGCGUCCCAAGCCCUCGGACUCGGAGGCUGACCUCCUGCGCGAGCAGGAGCAGUUCCUCGCCAUGGGGACCCCCUCCACGGUAAAGAUGGUCAGGAGGCCCGACAAGAGAAGAGGAGAAGGAGGAGAAGGCCCAGAAGAGACUGGAGGAGAUCAGAGGGAUCUAGUCACAAUAGCUGAUCUACCUGAAGAGAUGCCUACCCUGACCCCAGCACCCCCAAAGAAAUCUCGCUUCAAGGCAGAGCGCGCCAAAGUCCACUUUGAAGACGAGGACCCGGAGGAGAGACUGGACAGACACGACACGCACAUCAGUGCUGUUCUCUCAAGGAUUGUAGAGAGGGACACUAGUGCCAUUCCAGUGUCCCUACCAGCGUUCACAGGCACUGCGUUCCCUAAAGUCCUGCAUCGCUCGGACACAGAGAAACAGGUGCCCGUCCUGCCUGGAGGAGGGAGGAGGAGCAUCUUCGCCCGUCAGAUAGAAGCCCAGAGACUGAAGGAGGGGAGGGCAGCAGGCAGCACUCAGACACCUGCUGCCAAGCACAUGGACCUCCCUGCAGUGGCUGCCAUGGAGACAGACCAACCCCCCUAUAAGAUAGACAGGCUGUUGGGGGUCGAAGCAGGUCCCAGGUUGGUGUCAGGCCACGGUCUCAGGGUCUCCAGUGGGGAGGUGGAGACCUUGAAAAUCCACCAGGAGAACCAGUCCAAGCUGCUGGCCAUGUCCCAGAGCCAGAUCAUGGAAGAGCAAAAGAAACUGCUGGCCCAGUUGGAUCCCAAGCUGGUGGACUUUGUGAGGUCACAUGGAAAGCAGAAAGCUAUGUCGUCCUCCACCCCACCCCAGCCCCCCUCUUCCCUGUCCUCGGCCCCACACAGGGACCAGGCCAGGGGGCAGAGCCGCGAGGAGGGCCUGGUCUCAGAGAGACGACCUCCAGCACCACAACAUGACCUUCCGGAGGUGGAGAUGGAGGGAGAGGAGGAGGAGGAGGGAGAGGGCAAUGAAGAACAGACUCCUCCAAUUACAGUGGAGGAUCUGCCAGUGCAGCCUCAGAAGGAGUGGCUCCACAUGGACAAGCUGGAGCCUGACAAGCUGGAGUGGACCAGAGACCUGCCCGCCCCCCGCAGGAGAGGCACCAAGAAGGCCAUGCAGGCACGAUUUGACUUCGCUGGCACCCUGAUCCUGCCCACCCAGGACCUGCCCACCCAUCUAGGGCUGCAUCACCAUGGAGACGAGCCUGAGCUGGCCGGCUACUCCCUUCAGGAGCUCUUUCUGCUGUCUCGCAGUCAGGUGAUCCAGCAGAGGAGCCUGGCUCUCAACACGCUGGCUCACAUCCUCAACAAGGCGCGUGCGGGGGACUAUGUGUCCGUUCUUCGGGGCAACAUGGUAGCCACUCUCCUAGACGCCGGCCUCCUCUUCCUGCUCCGCUUCUCAUUGGACGACAGUGUGGGGGGAGUGAUGUCAGCGGCUGUGCAUGCACUCAGAGCCCUGCUGGUGUCCUCUGAGGAUGAGGACUGUGUGGACAGCAGCUUCUCCUGGCUCCACGGCCUGGCCUGGUUCCCCCUGCUGCCCUCCGCCCAGGAAGAGGAGGACGAGGAGGACGAGGGGCUGGACGAGAGAUUCAGAGAGACGCAGAAAGAGAAGGAGGAAAAGAAGACUGAUCACGAUGUCGCCAGUGACGAUGUCGUCAAGGGUCUGCUACGGAUGAAGCUGCUCCCCAGGCUGCGCUACAUCCUGGAGGUGGUCCGGCCUGCUCCCAGGGUGGUCCAGGACCUGCUGGAGGUUCUGACCCGCAUCGCACGCCACUCCUCCUCUGCUGCCACCCAGGUGCUGGAUUGCCCUCGACUCAUGGAGACUGUGAUGUCAGAGUUCCUUCCUACUUCCUGGUCCACACUCACUUUGCCCCUCCCCCUGUCCGUGUAUGGCCUGCCAUUGGCCAGCGCGGUGAAGUUGCUCCGUGUCCUGUCCACCUCCGGUAGGAAUGUCUGUGCCAGGGUGCUGAACUCUCUGGGGGCACGGGAGCGUCUGUCCCGCUUCCUGACCCCUGACCCCGCAGCGCUGCUAUUGGAGGAGGGCGAGGCCCUCAGAGUUACCACAGAAACAUACAGGCUCUGGGCUGUGGCUGCCAGCUAUGGACAAGCCACCAACACAUACAUAGACCUGUACCCAGUCCUGGUGAGGGUGUUUCAGUCUGGCCAACAUGCUCGGCCCCCUGGGGACCCCCUGCUGGCUCUCGAGCUCCAGAGGACCCAGGCCCUCGUCACCCUGCUCACCCAGGUCACACACACCGCCGGCUGCCACCAGGAACUGCAGGCUGGCCUGGUUAGUUCCCAGGGUGCCGAGUGUCCCCCGCCCCCCCCAGUGUCGUGGGGUCAUGUGUCGGGUCUGCAGCCCAUGGUGCUGGGCCUCCUGAAGGGCUGUGUGAGGGGGCUGGACAACCCAGCUCAGAGGCCCAGCUGUCUCACCCUGCUACCUGCAUACCUGCUCUACCUGGGGGCCUACUACUCCCAGCUGUCUGGACAGAGCUGUUUCCGCCCAGUGGACACUCUCCAGGAGCUGGAGCAGAUGACAUCAGAGGUGCUUCUCCCGCUGCUAUCCCACAAGGCUGUGCAGGGCCUCAUCAACAACCUCAAGUCCUGUUCAGUGGUGUGCAACCCCCAGUCCUGCCCAGGCCCUCAGAAUCCCCCCAGCUUGCCUGCCCUGGGCUGCCCAGGAUGGACAGCUCGUCUGGGGCUGCCAGCUCCCAGCUCCCCAUUCCCUCUCCUCACCGCCCUGGCUUACCUCCUGGACGCUCUCACUGGCAUCCACAAAGGCCUCAGCCGCAAGUUCAGUGUUCUCCUCCUCUUGGACAGUGUCCUGGUAUACCUACAAGCUUGUAGCAAGGCCACGGCCCCUCACCUGUCCCAUGCCAGCGCCUGGCUUCUCCGCCACGAACACCAGCUCCUCUACCUGUUUCUCAGGCUGGCGCACAGGCUGGUGCCUGCUGAUCCAGAGCUGGCCAGACACGCGUCUCUACUCCAUCAGGUGGCGCUGGUCCUGUUACCAUGGUUACUGCCGGGCAGCGAGUUCCUAGCACACGAGCUCCUGUCCACCAUCAUCUUCAACAAGGACUUCAUACCAGAGGGACAGAGUGGAGGCCCAGAGGCUGCAGAGCUGGCUGAGCUUCAUCUCCAGGAGGCGGGCCCCUCCUCCUCCUCUCCCUCCCCCCAGAAGGUGGGCUCUCUCCUGCGCGAGGCCUGUGUCCAGAUGCCCUCCCUCCGCGGCUGUUACCUCACCCACCUCGGCCACCUGGAGCCCUCCGUCCUGACCUCCCGCGAUGCUUAUCUGGGCCGCACCACGUCGAUCGCCUCUCAGCUCCUCCCGGAGCUCUCUGGCCCCACCCUGCCGUCCGAUUGGCCCUACCUGCCACUGGUCAGCCUGUACGAGCGGGCAGGAGUGGUGGGCGGAGGAGGGCUUCAGGUAGAGGACCUGCCCCAGGGGGCGUUGCAGUCGGUCACACAUUGUCUGCAGUGGCUGCUCCUCCUGGAGGUCUGGAGGGAGGAGGUGCUCACGGUGGUCCCUCCCGUGGCCAAACUGGCCCGGUUGGCCUGUGUCUUCCUCUGCUCCAGCGACCUGUUCCUGGAGCGUCCGGUCCAGAGGCUGUGCUGGGCCCUGCUGCGGCUGCUGACCAGGCCCUCCAGGCUGGACACCCUGGACCUCAACACCCCCCCUCCGGGCCUGGCGUCCUUCCAGGACCUGUACUCGGCCCUGCUGGCCCAGUACGAGGCUGUGUCCUUUGGAGACCCUCUGUUUGGCUGCAUGGUGCUGCUUCCCCUACAGAGACGCUACAGCGCCACCAUGAGGCUGGAGGUGUUCGGGGAACACGUAGGGCUUCUACGCUCCUUGGGGGUCUCCAUGGAACAGCUGUCCCUGCCUCUAGAGAGGUUCACCUCUCCUCCUGAAGACUCCCUGCCACUGCUCCGGCUCUACUUCCGUGCGCUGGUGACGGGGGCCCUGCAGUACCGCUGGUGUCCUGUCCUCUACGUGGUGGCGCUGUCGCACCUCAACCUCUUCAUCUUCUCUCAGGAUGCCGCCGCACAGCAGGUGGAGUCGGCUCGACGCAGUAUGCUGAGAAAAACACACUACCUGACUGACAAGGUGUUGAGAGGCCACCUGCUGCUGUUUCAGCUGCCCGAGCAGCACUCUGAGCUGGGCUUCUCCACCUACAACCAGCUGCCUCCUGUCAGGGCCCGCAGGCUGGAGGCUGUCCUGGGCUCCCCAGAGAGCUCGGUGGGGCUCCAGAGCUGAAGAAGAGGGUGGGGAAGUGGGGGGGAUUAGGGACAGAGGAGAGAAUUGGGAGAGAGGGGGAUAGAGCAGAAUGGGUUGGUACCUAUUCCUUUUUGUUCACUUGUGUACGUCUGAGACUGUGCUGGAUUCACUGGGGAGGACAUUGCUGUAAUAGUGCCUGAAAGUGGCCUUGUCAAAACUGUUAUUUUGAAUAAAGAUGGUUUUGUAAGUAUG